AUGGCAAUCACCAGCGCCGGCGCCGGUCCGACGGCUUCGGCGUCGCGCCGUCGGAUGUUGCUUCUGGUGGCGAACUACGCAGCGCUGCUCGUGGGGUCAGUCGCGUCGAGCCUGCUGUCGAGGUUCUACUUCGCGCACGGCGGGCGGAACCGUUGGGUGGUCACGCUCGUGCAGUCGGUGGGCUUCCCCAUGCUGGUCGCCGCCGUGCUCCUCACCGGCCGCCCCGCCGCCUUGCCUCGCCCGUUCAUGUGGUUCUCGCGGCGGUUCCUCGCCGUCUGCCUGGUCAUCGGCGCCCUCAUGGGCGCCAACAACCUGCUGUUCUCGUACAGCACGUCGUUCCUGCCGGUGUCGACCUCGUCGCUGCUGCUGUCCACGCAGCUCGCGUUCACGCUCGUUCUGGCCGCCGUCAUCGUCCGCCACCCGCUCACCUUCGUGAACCUCAAUGCCGUCGUCCUCCUGACGCUCAGCUCGGUGCUCCUCGCGCUCCGCUCCGGGGACUCCGGCGAGAGCCCCGAGGGGGGCAGCAAGGCGCACUACUUCAUCGGCUACGUCGUCACGCUCGGCGCCGCGGGGCUCUUCGCCGCGUACCUGCCCGUCAUGGAGCUCCUGUACCGCGAGGCGGUGUCCGGCGGUUUCAUCCUGGCCGUGGAGGUGCAGGCGGUGAUGCAGGCCAUGGCCUCGCUGGUGGCGACGAUCGGGCUUGCGGCGACGACGGGAGGCCUGGAUGGCGACGUGGCGCGCUGGAAGGGCUCGGCGGCGCUGUACUGGACCGUGGUGGCAACGCUGGUGCUGACGUGGCAGGCGUGUUUCAUGGGCACGGCCGGGGUUAUCUACCUGACGUCGUCGCUCCACAGCGGUGUGUGCAUGGCCGCCGUGCUCACCGCGAACGUGCUGGGCGGCGUCGUGGUGUUCGGCGACCCGUUCGGCGCCGAGAAGGGCAUCGCCACCGCGCUCUGCGGCUGGGGCCUCGCCUCAUACCUCUACGGGGAGUACACAAAGAAGGAGGACAACGCCUCCCCGCCCGCAUCCGACUCCGACGGCGUCCGCAAGAGCCUCACAGGUGGCGGCGACCCCGGAGGCGAACUAGAAACGGUCUGAAACAAACUAGAAAACGCUACAGAGGUAUGGACCAUGUGAUCAGAGAAGAAGCAAGAAUUGCAACCAAAAAAAGGUGUGUAGUACCGUACCCCAGAAACAGUGUGGCAUUAGGUGCAGUAGUUCUGUCAUGUUACAUCGAUCGAUUAGGCAAAGUUACAAGCGACAAGAAGGGUGUAGAACCCAACUUAUAACUGAUGAUCAGCGAUCAGCGUUGGUGGCUGCUAGCUAGCAAGUUCAGGAUUUAGUGUCGCAUGGAUGGGUGGAAUACAACAUGUAAGAGAGAGAGAGAGUAUAUGCAUGUAUCAGAUCUAGCUGGU